CUAUAGUAAUCAUGGAAGAAAUAAAUGAUUUAUCCGGAGUUCAAGUUAAUGGUAUUAAACCUAUUAACAAAGACACAGUGCACAAAAUAUGUUCUGGCCAGGUGGUGCUUAGUUUAGCAGUAGCAGUUAAAGAAUUAGUAGAAAAUUCGCUAGAUGCUGGUGCCACAAAUAUUGAUAUAAGAAUUAAAAAUUAUGGUAUUGACUUAAUUGAAGUUACAGAUAAUGGAUCAGGUGUAACAGAAGAUAAUUUUUCAGCUCUAACAUUAAAAUACCAUACUUCAAAGCUAAAUGAUUACUCUGACUUGCUAGGAGUAUCAAGUUUCGGUUUUAGAGGAGAAGCAUUAAGUUCUUUAUGUUCAUUAGCAGACCUUACAAUCACUACUAGACAUGAAAGCUCUCAAUUUGCUACUAAAAUACAGUAUGAUCAUAAAGGAAAUAUAACAAAUAAGACACCAUGUUCCCGGCAAAUUGGAACAACUGUCUCUUUGUCAAAUCUGUUUUGUUCUCUGCCAGUAAGGAAAAAGGAAUUCCACAAGAACGCUAAAAGAGAGUUCAAUAAAAUGACAAAUUUACUAUAUGCAUAUUGUUUGAUAUCAGUCGGAGUUAAGAUAACCUGCACUAACCAUGUUAGUGUUUCAAAUAAAUCAACAGUUGUAGCUACUCAAGGAUCUUUAUCUUAUAAGGAUAAUAUUGCUUGUAUUUUUGGCAUUAAACAAUUACAAAAUAUAUUUGAAAUAAAAUCAGAGUAUGCAUACAAUAUAAAAGAUAAUAUAUUUAAGGGUUUAUCUGGAGGGGUAAAAGAUAACAAUGAAAGUAUCAAUAUAGAAGAUGUAGAAAUAGAUUUAUCUGAAGAUUCAAAUGAUGCACAAAAUGAUGAAACUAAAAUUUCACAAGAAAUCAUAACAAGUACACAAAAGACACAAGGUUAUAAGAACUUACCUGAUCCUGUAGAGCUUGUAGGAUAUAUCUCUUCUUGUGCACAUGGUUGUGGUCGAUCAAGCACAGAUAGACAAUAUUUUUUCGUUAAUUCAAGACCUUGUGAACCUACUAAAGUUAUAAAACUGAUAAAUGAAAUUUAUAGGCAGUACAACCCUAAUCAAUAUCCUUUUAUUUUUCUUAAUAUUAAUGUGGAAAGAAUAUCAGUAGAUGUCAAUGUCACUCCAGAUAAGAGGAAAGUAUUUUUAAUAAAGGAGAAGUUUAUUUUGGAUGUUCUGAAGGCUUCAUUAACAAAACUUUUUGAAAAUGUGCCUCGAACAUUAAAAGUUGAAACAACAUCCUUUCUUACUCAAACACUUGAACCUGAACUUAAACAACCAAGAAUUUUUAACUCAUUCUUAAAACAAUUUAGUAAUCAAUCUGAAUUGUCUAUGGAUAAUAAAGCUGAUUCAUCUGGAAAAUCAGAAUUAAAGAGAAAAUCUUCAUCAAAUUUAGAUAACUUUAUAAGUAUAAAAAAAAGUUAUAAUCCUAAUGAUGAAGAUAUACUAGAAAGUGAAGUAUCUUAUGAAACUCAAUCAAAGUCUUCACCCAUAAAUAACUUAUCUGAACUUAAAAAUGCAGAUACAACUGAUGUAAAGACUAAGAAAAUUUCAGAAGGAAAUAAAAUUGAAGAAGACAAUUUAUCUACUGAUGAUAAUCAUUCUCCUGAUUCAAUAAAAAAUAUUUCAGAUAGUGUUUGUGAAGAAUCUUAUACUAUAUAUUGCAAAACAAAAUGUGCAGAAAUAAAAACACCAAAAUCUAAAAUACAAAAAGUAGUAACUGAUAAAGAUGACCUAGGCAAACAUGCAAGAAAAUCUGUAAUUUUGAAGACUUCCCUAGAAGAUAUUAAAAAAGUAGCAAAUUUGUGUGACAGCAAUUUUUCUAAAUCUAAUCCUGAUAGGAUAAAAUUUAAAUCAGGUAUUAAUCCAGUUUUUAACAAGAAAUGUGAAGAAGAAUUAAGUAAGGAAAUAUCAAAAGAAUCAUUUAAAAAUAUGUCAAUUGUAGGUCAAUUCAAUUUAGGCUUUAUAAUAACCAAGUUAGAUGAUGAUCUGUUUAUAAUAGACCAACAUGCGACUGAUGAAAUUUAUAAUUUCGAAACAUUACAAAAAACAACAGAAUUAACAAGUCAGAAACUUGUUAUUCCACAACAACUAGAGCUAACAGGUGUCAAUGAACAAAUAUUAAUGGAUAAUGUGGGUGUUUUCAAAAAGAAUGGCUUUACUUUUAAGAUAGAUGAAGAUGCUCCACCUACUAAACGAGUUAAACUUUUAACAAUUCCAAUGUCAAAAAAUUGGAUAUUUGGUAAGGAUGACAUUGAAGAGCUUCUGUUUAUAUUAAAAGAAAACCAAUCUGAAUAUUGUAGGCCAAGUCGAGUUAGAGCUAUGUUUGCAUCUAGAGCUUGUAGAAAAUCUGUCAUGAUUGGGACAGCUUUAGGUAAAUCUGACAUGCGUCAACUAGUUGAUCACAUGGCUGAAAUUGAUAAACCCUGGAAUUGCCCUCAUGGCAGACCAACAAUUCGUCAUCUUGUUAACUUAGCAAUGGUUCAAACCAAUAAUGAUAGAAUCUAAUAAGUUAAAUAUCAGAAAAUCAUGAAAGUUUUACUUGAAUAUUUAAAUUAAACAUUUUUUUUUGUU